AUGACAACAAACGAAGCCAGCCUACCACCACCAGUCAAUCUUAUUCCAAUAAAGCGACCUUCGAAUGAAGAGGUUCAAGACACAACAUCCAUUCUGAAAAAGCGUAGUAAAGAUCAAGAAAAGCAAAAAAAUGCUGAUCCUGAUUUUACUUCUCUUCAAAAAAGACUAUUACAACAAUUGAAUGGCACUAUUCCCAUAAGCGAGAAAAUCAUCUUUAGGUACUUACAAGACAGUCAACAAGAGAUCGAUAGAAUCAUAAAACAGUCCGUCAUUCAAAAGGAAAGUCAUUCGGUAAUUCUCGUGGGUCCCAGACAGAGCUAUAAAACAUACUUAUUAGACUAUGAAUUGGCUUUAUUACAGCAAAGUUACAAUGAGCAGUUUAUCACUAUAAAGCUAAACGGGUUUAUUCACUCGGAACAAACCGCUAUUAACGGAAUAGCCACCCAGUUGGAACAACAAUUGCAAAAAAUUCAUGGAAAUGAAACGAAGAUCGAUGAUGCCUCGUUAGAAAAAAUCAGCAGCGGUUCCUUGACAGAAGUUUUUGAGAAAAUUUUAUUGCUUUUAGACUCGGCUACAAAGGCAGGAAGCGAAGAUAGUGAUAACGCUGACGGAACCAGUACCACAAAGAUAACCGUGGUCUUCGUGUUUGACGAAAUCGAUACCUUUGCUGGACCGGUAAGGCAGACCCUGUUAUACAAUCUCUUUGAUAUGGUAGAACACGCUAGGGUACCUGUUUGUAUUUUCGGCUGUACAACAAAGUUGAACAUUUUGGAAUAUCUGGAAAAAAGAGUGAAGAGUAGAUUCUCUCAAAGAGUGAUCCAUAUGCCACAAAUACAAACUUUGGACGACAUGAUCGAAGGGGUAAAGGAUUUACUUACUGUUCGUUUAGAAGUCUCGCCCUUGGCUUCAAACUGGAAUGAUACUAUGGAAAAGGAGUUAUCCAACCCUCGGUCCAACUUGAAUAGACAUAUCAGAAUGAAUUUUGAAACUUUCAGGGCAUUUCCAGUCUUAAAAAAUUGUUUGACUCCACUGAUAGCGACGUCCCAAAACUUCGAUUCACUCUGUAGUGCCAUAAAGUCAUGCGCCUUUCUUGAACUUUACAAUACGAACCAAUUGUCUAAUAGCUUAACCGGAAGACUGAAAUCCUUGUCGGAUUUAGAAUUAGCCAUUUUGAUUUCAGCUGCUAGGGUUGCCUUACGAGCCAAAGAUGGAUCCUUUAAUUUCAACUUGGCGUAUGCGGAGUAUGAGAAAAUGGUCAAAGCUAUCAAUUCCAGGAUCCCGACUGUGGCACCAACUAUUAAUUCAGGAACAGGACAAACUACUUUUUCUAUCGAUAAUACAAUCAAGCUGUGGUUGAAAAAAGACGUUAAGAACGUUUGGGAAACUUUGGUGCAACUGGACUUCUUUACCGAGAAAUCGGCGGUAGGCUUAAGAGACAAUGCAACCGCCGCAUUUUACGCUAGCAACUAUCAGUUCCAAGGUACUAUGAUCCCAUUUGACCUGAGAAGUUAUCAAAUGCAGAUCAUUUUGCAGGAAUUAAGAAGAGCCAUCCCCAGAUCUAAUAUGUACUACUCAUGGACACAACUGUGA